UGUAGGUAGCCAGAGGAUUCAGGUGUUCUGCCUUCAAUUCCAAUCAUGGAUUUCCCUCUCGGAAACUUCCGCAGAUCCAGCUCCUCUAGCCAGCUGGGUCUCAACAUGAAUGUGGCAGCUUUUAAAAAAAGGGCUGUCGCAAACUUAUAUUCUCCCAGUGUCUAUGGUGGGGCUGGAGGUCAGGGUACCCGAAUUUCACAGGCCAGUUAUGAAGCUCGUUUUGGUGGAAACACCUUUUCUGGUGAUGAAAAACUUGCCAUGCAGAAUCUAAAUGAUCGUCUAGCCAACUACUUGGAAAAGGUCCGAAAUCUGGAGCAGUCCAACUCCAAGCUGGAUCUCCAGAUCAGACAAUGGCAUGAGAAGAACUCUUCUUUCAUUAGCCCGGACCACAGCACCUAUUACAAAACAAUUGAAGAUCUCCGAAGUCAGAUUAAAGCUGCCCAGCUGGCCAAUGCCCGUUGUCUCCUGCAGCUUGAUAACUAUAAAUUGACCAUUGAGGACUUCAGAUUGAAGUAUGAAUCUGAGUAUGGAAUGAGAAUGACCGUGGAGGCUGAUCUCCAGGGACUGAAAAAAGUCUUUGAUGAUCUCACCCUAAGAAAGACAGACUUAGAGGUGCAGAUUGAAAAUAAAAGUGAAGACUUGGUUUUCCUCAAAAAAAACCACGAGGAGGAAAUUGCUGUCCUGCAUCGACAACUAGGCAAGACCGUCAAUGUGGAAGUGGAUUCCUCUCCUGGCCAGGACCUUGGAACCAUCAUGAAUGAAAUGAGGAAUAAAUAUGAAACAAUGGCACAGAAAUAUCAUGAGGAGGCCAGAGCACAAUUUGAGAAACAGAUUAAAAUGCUACAAGAAGAGGUCACAGUGAACACCACGGAGAUUAGGACCAAUGAGGUUCAAGUGACAGAGCUAAGACGAAAACAUCAGAGCUUAGAGAUAGAGCUCCAGUCCCUUUUAAGUAUGAAACAGUCUUUUGAGCGUGCCCUAGAAGAGACAAAAGCUCGCUAUGGUUUACUGCUGAAACAGAAUCAAGAAUUAAUACACUCUGUAGAGACCCAGCUGAUGAAAGUCCGAACUGAAACAGAACGACAAAAUGAGGAAUACAAAAACCUUUUUAACAUCACGACCUAUCUGGAGAUGGAAAUUGCCACCUAUCGCCGCCUCCUAGAGGGAGAAGAUAUCGGAAAAAUUGAGGCUCUCCAAGCAGAAACUGGGGAUAUAAAAGAAAUAACAAAAAUCAGGAAGAUUAAGACAUUUGUGGAAGAAAGGGUAGGUGGCAAGGUUGUGUCAUCUGAAGUCAAAGAAAUAGAAGAGAAGAUUUAAACAACUAUGAAAAGGAGGUGUAUUCAAUGAUUUGGAAAAUUUCUAUCAAACUUCAGAAUGUUUUCCUAGUGCAAACAUCAACAAUAUGGAAAUAGGUUUUGAUCAAGGAAUAUUGUAAUACCCAAUGGAAUUGCAAGUGGGCUAUGGGAAGGGUGGGGAGUAGGGGAGGGAGAGAUAGACUAUGAUUCUUGUAACCAAGGAAUGUUCUAAAUUGACUAAAU